GUUUUCUGUUUUUCUAUUUGUUCUAUGGUUUCCAUAUCAACAAAAGCCGUUUGUUCAAUAAUCGAGUAGUUUUCUUAAAGCAAAAAUGAAGGUGGAAGAAGUAAAAAGCACGGUAAAAACUCAAAGAAUCAGCGCUCACAGCCAUAUCAAAGGCCUAGGGCUUGACGAAAAUGGAUUCGCCAUACAACAAGCGGCCGGCUUGGUCGGCCAAGAGCAAGCAAGAGAGGCAGCAGGGGUUGUAGUCGAUAUGAUAAGGAGCAAGAAAAUGGCAGGAAGAGCGGUACUUCUAGCAGGACCACCCGGUACUGGCAAAACUGCCAUAGCCCUGGCUAUCGCGCAAGAACUAGGCAACAAAGUACCUUUCUGCCCUAUGGUCGGUUCAGAAGUAUACAGUUCCGAAAUAAAGAAAACAGAAGUUCUGAUGGAAAACUUCCGCAGAGCCAUAGGUCUGAGAAUUCGCGAAACCAAAGAGGUUUACGAGGGUGAAGUAAGCGAACUCACACCUGUAGAAACUGAGAACCCCGCUGGAGGCUACGGUAAAACUGUGAGUCACGUCGUCAUCGGUCUAAGAACGGCCAAAGGCAGUAAACAGCUGAAACUGGACCCCAGCAUUUACGAGGCACUCCAGAAAGAGAAGGUUGAAGUGGGUGAUGUUAUUUAUAUUGAGGCUACAAGUGGGGCUGUUAAGAGACAGGGAAGAUCGGAUGCUUAUGCUACUGAGUUUGAUUUGGAAGCUGAAGAGUAUGUUCCUUUACCGAAAGGUGAUGUUCAUAAGAAGAAAGAGGUGGUUCAAGAUGUAACACUUCAUGAUUUGGACGCGGCAAAUGCAAAGCCUCAAGGAGGCCAGGAUGUCUUGUCGAUGAUGGGACAACUUUUGAAACCAAAAAAAACAGAAAUAACUGACAAGUUGAGGAAGGAAAUAAACAAAAUUGUCGAUAAAUACAUUGAUCAGGGAAUCGCAGAGUUAGUACCAGGAGUUCUUUUUAUUGAUGAAGUUCACAUGCUAGAUAUUGAGACUUUUACAUAUCUACACAGGGCACUAGAAAGUGCCAUUGCUCCAAUAGUUAUUUUUGCUACAAACAGAGGAAGAUGUCUUAUCAGAGGUACGGAUGAUAUUUUUUCACCUCACGGUAUACCUCUGGAUCUUCUCGACAGACUUUUGAUCAUUAGGACUGUGCCGUAUGAUCGGCCUGAUAUGGAACAAAUUUUGAAACUGAGAGCUAAAACUGAAGGCCUGGAAAUUGACGAAGAAGCAAUAACAACUUUAGGGGAAGUUGGAGUAAAAGCCACACUAAGAUACGUUGUACAGCUUUUGACACCUGCACAUCUGACAGCUAAAAUCAACGGCAGAACUAAUAUUACGCAAUCUGACGUAGAAGAGGUAGCUUCCCUGUUUUUGGAUGCCAAACAAUCGGCAAAGAUAUUGUCAGAAAAUAAGGAGAAGUUUAUGAAUUAAUUUUUUUCACUGUGUUGUAUAUUAUGUGUUUUUUUAUUAUGUAAGAUAGUUAUAGUCACUAAUAAAUACAUUCUUUUUUGCUAAUUUUAAAAA